UUAACUCUUUAUGACACACUUUCAAAAUACUUUAUUGUAAGCGCAAGCUGCGGGUGACAGGAAUAGUUGUCAAGGACUGCGCGAUCAACACGUAACGCAAUACCGUUAUACUUAACUUUCGUUUCGAUAUUGACAUUCGCAGCGUAUUACCAUGUAUGCUUUUGUCUCACUUCUGUUAUGUUAAUGCAUAUAUAAUAAUAUGACGAGAUAUGGUGUAAAUAGCCCCAGAAGGGUAUUGUUUUGUGGUCCACUGUAAGAGGCAUAUCGGUUAUACUUGAAAUACUUUGUAUGUAACCUCCCACAGGUGACGACGUUUAAGCGAAGCGUGUUCGACUGCGUGCGGCACUGCGCAGACCUAUCAGCGUAUGAUAUCGAGUUAUCGCGAGAGCGCGUUGAACGCUCAGCUGUCGCGAUACUCUAGUGUCAUACGCCAAUCGGCCUGCGCAGUGCCACAGGAAGACGAUCAUCACGUUAUUAUGUAACGUUGUGUUUGUGGAAACCGCUUGUCAUUUGAUGGCAUUAAUAUUUCAUGUCAUGUUAAUUUAAUGACCGUUUGCUGACACCCGCUGCAAUAAACUUUAAACGGCUUCUGUGUGUCUACGCGGCAAUAAGACGUUGCAUGCAACAAUACAGAAUCAUUUGUUGUAAAUGUGUUGGUGGGAUGUUUCUGGCGGAUGGGAACGUACAACGGGACACUAUUAAAUCCUGCUGGAAUAAGACCCUGACACUCUCGAACCUACUGCGUGUGUUGUCAAGUUUCCCAAGGCCAGGAUGGCUGUCCGUCUUUUCCGAUUCAUGACCCCGGUCGUAUCCGUGGCCCUGCUCCAAUGCAGGCGUUCCCCUAGAACCACAGGGCAGCUUCUAACUCUGACUCCGCCCUCUGCGAUAGGAACGUGCCGUAGCAAGAAGACAUGGCCCAAAACCUUCACUGAGGAGGAGCUGAGGAAACGUUUGACUCCGAUGCAGUACCAUGUGACUCAGGAGAAAGGCACAGAAAGUGCUUUCACAGGAAAACAUACAGAUAUCAAAGAGGAAGGAAACUACCACUGUGUCGUCUGCGGGACCUCUCUUUUCACGUCUGAUAUGAAGUUUGACUCCGGAUCAGGAUGGCCUUCCUUUUUCGAUUUGAUCAAUAAGGAGUCUAUAACGCAAACCGAUGACUUUUCGUACGGCAUGCAUAGAGUGGAGAUAAACUGCAGUCAGUGUGGCGCUCACCUGGGCCAUGUCUUUGAUGAUGGACCCCGCCCUACAAGGAAACGUUACUGCAUAAACUCCGCCUCUCUCAGUUUCCAGUCAAAAGACGGUGCCUCUGAAGAGGCGGAACCAACCGGAGCAGCAGGUCAAUCGCCAUCUUCUAGUAAGAACAGUGAACUUUAAUAGGACUUGAAAUGGACCAAUCAAGUCGCAGAUGUCACGCAUAGGCUACUCCAAAGUCACCGUUCCAAAUCAAGCUGUGCAAUCAGGCAGAUAUAUAUUUUUCGCAACGUUUGUCUGAAUGAUGUAAGGAAUGCAAUAUGCAAUAUCCACAUCCCAGUUGUCUGGUUUAAAUGGCUUUAUGUUUGCCUCAACUUCAUGACCUAAGCAUGUUUCUGAAAAGCUUUCAGAAAGCUUGGGAAUACUCAGUGGUUGUUUUUUAUAAUGUUAGAAGUGUGUUAGUAAUGAUUUUGUGCUCAGAGAUACAGUGGGGUUCAAGCGUCUUGAGGGCACAUUGAAAAUCUGUUUAUUUUUAAGUUUACAUUAAACAAAACAAUAAAUAAAACAAGGGUAUAAAGUGCUUAAGUUAUAAAGGCUUAAAUUGAAAAAAUGUGUAAAAUUUGCUUUCUCUGACACCCUGGAAUAUUCCCAGAUCAUACUGGGAUUAACAAGAUUUGUGCAAAUUUGCACACUAUAAAAUAUGAUGUGAUCAGUAUGUCACAUCAACAUAUGAAGAGUUAAUUUGCAAAAACUGAUAAGAAUGUUUAAUAAUCAUGUUUUUCUUACUGUGCAUUCCAAGUAAUAUUAAUCAAACUGCAGUUGGGUUGUUUUGAUUAAGUAAUAACACAAUAAAAAACAUGAUUUUUGAGUUAUCUGUUUUUGCAAACAAAUAUGUUCAAAUAAUAAAUCGUAUCAAUAAUUCAUAUGUUUUUGUUACUGUAACUUAACAAAUUAAAGUGAUUAGGCAAUUUAAUUAUAGCAACUCAUCACUACUUUACAGUUAAACAUUUUACUUUUAAUAAAAAUGUGAAGUAGUCGGUUAACAUCGUUUAUUCAGCCAAUUUUAUUAUACUUUAUAACAUUUUUGCACUUAUUUAGCAGUUUCACUACUGGUCAAAUAUGUUUGAACCCCACUGAAUAUUGAAAGCACAAUGAUUGAAAACAAAUCAUGUAGGUGCAGUCACAGAGCUGAGCUGUUUCUAAAGUGACAUACGAUAUAGGGAGGUCAUGAAGUUUGAGGAAAAUGCUAUGCAAGUGCUCCUGUGAGCAGUAAAGUAAGCAAAAGUGGAGAACAAAGCAUUCUUUGAAAUAAAAUGGAACAUAUGAUAAAUGUUUAGUCUGAACACAAACGUAGCCUGACUUUUAAAGGUGCUGUUUUGGUCUCCCUGCUUGUAGUGCCUGUUUUUCUUCUGAGUUUAAUAUUUUCUUGGAUAUGGAUUCACUUUGAUUACAUUGAAUAUUGAUAUUUGAUUCAUAUUGACCAGUGUGAAUAAAGAAGUAUUAA